GAAGUAUAUGCUUGGUGUCAGGAAAAACUAAGGGGUUAGAUAUGUCCCCAAGUGGAAUGGGCUGCCUCUAGAGAUGGAGCAGGUGAUGGAUGGAUAUUUGGCAGGACGUUCCAGUGGAGGAAUUCCUUUCAGGGCCCAUCUAACUCUAAAAUUCUGUGAUUCGGUGAAUGUGGGAGUGCUCUUAGCUAAGCACCCCACUUGUGUUUUUAUAGGGCUGUAACCUGAGGUCUAGAGGAGGGGAGACACUUUCCCAAGGUCACAUGUGAAGCUGUGGGCACAGCCAAAGAGGCAUAGGGCCAAGCUAUCAUUCUUCAUUCAACAAACAUUCCAUGAGCCAGGAUCAUGGGGAAUACAGGGCUUGAUAAACUUGGUUUCUGUCCUUGGGGAGAUAAGCCUUGGACAAACUGUGCCUGGUAAAGGUUCUACCAGGGCCCUGAAAGUCUGAGUCAGAGGAUCUCUGAGUGGGAGCAGGCACUGGGUGAUGGGAGGGCUUUUGAGGCAGAUACAGAGAAAGCAGCCCUCUUUGAGUCCUGGGCAGAAAGGGAAAAGGAGAGGGCCCAAGAUUCACCUCUAGGCCUAGUGAGAUCCCAGGCAAAUAUGGAAUCUGGUGAGUGUCAGGGGAGAGGGUCCUGGACCCAACCCCAAAGGUGACAAUUCCAGCUGAGCCCUGGAGAGGGGAAAGGCCAGAGUCAAAGGAGAGAGACUCCCUGGGCCCGGGCUGUGGAGGCUUCCCAUGCCAAGCCGAGGGGUUGAUCAGGGUCUGAGACCAGGGUGGGCAGGCCUGGGAGGCAAGGGCUCUGAAUCUGCCUGAUGGCUUUGCCCGUCCUGGCUGCCUCCCAAGCCCUUAUCCCGUCCUCCAGAGGUUAGAGGAGUGGUGACUCAUGAGGAAGCAAAGAGGCCACCACACCCUGCCUGGCACUGGUCUGUAUGUGUUCUCCUUUCACAGCCCUUCCCAUGGGGUGGAGAGUGUGGCAAUGAGCGUGUGCAGACUCAGCAUCCCAGAGGGUGCCGAGAGCAGAGCAGCCCUGCUCCCCUCCAACGCCCAGCGCCUUUGUGACGAUUCCACGCGUGAGAGAGGUGGUAAGGCUGAUCUGGUCUUACAGUGUGGGUGUUCCUUAGGUACUACCUCCUUGGCUACGUUUCAUCUUGGUCUCCCCGGCUCAGUAAGAUUUUUUGGGAUUCUGGUUCUGUGCCUGAAUGAUCUUGGAGAAGUCCCUUUCUCUUUAUCAGACUCCAGCUUUUCCCUCUGUAAAAUGGAGACACUCUCAGUUUCUUUCACCCAAUCUUUGAGCUCUUCCUCCCAGUAUCACAAAAGCGUUCAUCUUCUGUGUCUUCAUCCAAGGCCAGAGGGACCUUCAUAGGGAUGAUUCAGAGGGAAAUCAUCUAUCACAGAGGGCCCCUUGGAUGCUGUGCACAGGACUGAAAUGGAGAAUUCCUCUAUUAGCUACGAUUACGAGGAUUACAGCCUGGGUUCUGACGUGCGCAUAGACUGUGAGCCAGGGGGCUCGUGUGUGUCGGUGGAUCCUCUUCGGAUCUCUCCCCUGCUUCUCUAUGCCGCAGUUUUCCUAGUGGGGGUGCCGGGAAAUGCGAUUGUGGUCUGGGUGACCUGGGCCACAGCACGACGGUCAGCCCCCUCCAUCUGGUUCUUGCACUUAGCCUUGGCUGACCUGCUCUGCUGCCUGCUCCUGCCCCUGAUGGCUGUGCCAAUCAUCCGUCAAGGUGACUGGCCCUUCGGCUCGGCCGCCUGCCGCCUUCUGCCCUCAGUCAUUCUGCUCAACAUGUACGCCAGCGUCUUGCUCUUGGCCGGUGCCAGCAUUGGCCGAUGUCUGGCUGUGCUUCGGCCGAGCAGGGCCCGGGACCGUCUGUGGCCGGCGUGGGCGGGCUGCGGAGUCGCCUGGGCGCUGGCGCUACUGCUCACUCUCCCCUCGGUGCUGACCCGACGACUUCACCAGGAAUACUUCCCAGAGCGCUACGAGUGCGUGGUGGACUACGGGGGGUCCCGCGGGGUUGAGGGGGCGGUAGCUGGCAUCCGUUUCGUUGGCGGCUUUCUUGGGCCAUUGGGCGUUGUGGCUGGAUGCCACGGAGCCCUGCUGGUUCACCUGAGAGGGCAGCCGAAGCCCCGCAUCCUGCGGCUGUUGACCCUGGUUGUGGUUGGCUUUUUCCUCUGCUGGGCACCUUACCACGUGGUGGGUCUGGUGAUAGCUGCUGCGGCCCCUCACUCAGAGCUCCUGGUCAGUGCUCUCCAGGCUGAGACCCUCGUUAUAGGCUUAGCCUUGGCCAAUAGCUGUCUCAACCCCACCCUAUUCCUGCUCGUAGGCCGGGCUCGGCUCCAGAGGUCGCUCUGGGCUGCCUGCCGCCUGGCUCUGGGUGAGGACACGGAGGAGAAGGAUGCUGCUGGGUCCACAAGGAGCAAGUCUACUAGCGAAGGGAUGGUCUCAGAGAUGGUCUAGAUUAAGGAGGUGCUCUACUGCUCAUUAAGUUAGUGACCUUGGGUAAGUUCCCAUCACCUCUCAGUUUCCCCAUCUAUAAAAUGAGGGGUCUGCAGAAAGUUACCAAGCUGCACAUACCCAAUGAGGUCAAGGACAGAGGGAAAGGACCCCCAUAUACAAAAACACAAAUAUUUCUGUAUGUUAGCAAUUUUUGUUGUAACAAAGAACUGGUAACAAACUGGGCACUGUCAAUUGGGGAAUGGCUGAACCAGUCACGCUGCAGGGAUACAACGGGACUUCAUUGCACUAUAAGAAAUGAGGAAUAUGCCAGAUUCAGAGAAAUAUGGAGAGUAACAUCUAAACUGAGGCAGAGUGAAGUGGUCGGAGUCAGGACAGCAAAUUGCAUACUGCCCAGAACUGUUCGAGGGCAGAUAGCUCUGAAGGACCUCAGAAAUCUGACCAAAGCAGGGACCAAUGAUGACUUCAAAAGCCAUAAUGAAAUGAACCUUCUGGGAGGGGGUGGGGAGAAGGUAGCUAGUGAUCGAAAUGGAAAGAACAACCAAAAAAGUUAUGGAUGCUCUGCAUAGCUAUGGGCUUACUUUCUCACCUCAAACUGGACUAGGAGGGCAGGUCCCCAGCGAGGCGCUACCACUUCUCCUUUCCUGUUUCUAGGCAUAGGUAAUCUUGAAGGGUUGUGGCUUCUAAGAAGGUUGCUCACGAGCCCCCAUCAGGUGUGUCCCUCUUACUAUCAUGUAACUGGUGGAUAUCUCCCCAAUAUCAAUUAACCAAUUAACAUCAGUUAGCUUUUACAAAGGAUAUUUACUAGAAGCAAGGACUGAAGCACAACCACAUCCCUUUCCCUUCUCUCCAUCUCAAAGUGCCUGUACGCGACUAGAUGGAACAGUGAAUAGAGUGCUGAGCUUGGAGUCAGGAAGGACCUGAGUUCAAAUUUGGCCUCAGAUACUUACACUA